GGUCAGUUCAGUCGUGUUCUUCAAGCGUUGCUGGAAAGCUUUGGAAUAAUUGUUCAUCCUAAGUAUACUGUAAAAUCAAUAUGAUUUUAAAUGUGUAACAGAUCUAUCUUGUGAAUAAAGUGGGGUGAAACCACUGCAGAGUAAUACAUCGCACUUUAAGGAUUAAUUGCUAAAAAAUGAAGAACGAAACAGCGUUACCCUAAAAAGGAAACCACUGCAUUAACAGGGAAGAAGUGCAGUACCGUCGCAGUUGUUAACAAGUGCACAAAUCAGUGUAAUGAUAAUAAGUGUUGAUUGAUGCAUAAAUGAGAUGAUAAGUGUCAGAUGCAAAGCAGAUUAAUUAGCUGAAAUUCAACUGAAUGUAAUAAGUGAAAAUUCGUGUGGAAUUCAAGUGGGAUUAAAAUUGUGUAAGCCAAAUCUGAUUCAAAUAUCGAAAAUGCAAGAAGUAUGCAGUUCAGUGGAUCAUUUGGGAGCUCCGGUAAAGUCGGAAACCCCGUCGGUCUCCUCCAUACCGGGAAAUAUUCUAGCAGAACCAGAUACAGCACCUUCACAGCCCCACUCUCCAUUACAUCAACCAGUGACACACUUAAAUCGAAAAUCUACAGUUUGUGAAAAACCCAACAGAAGUGGUGUUCAUAUUUCUUCGAAUACGGAUUUAACUCCACAAACCCAAGUGCAUCCAGACUCAUCCUAUUGGAUGCAAAAUGAAAGUGGAUUUAUCAAUUCUCAACCGUCAAUGGCUGAAUUCUUAACCCACAUCGACUCCGAAAGUCCCAAGUUAAUUUCACAAGGAUAUACAGUAGGAGUUAGCGAAAACGUGGAUGCUGUGCCUGAAUAUCCGUGGAUGAAAGAAAAAAAGACUGCUAGGAAAAGUCAAACUCAAGCUGAAUUUGUUGCUGAAAAUGGAUUACCAAGACGCUUGAGGACAGCAUAUACAAACACACAACUACUGGAACUAGAGAAGGAAUUUCACUUCAACAAAUAUCUGUGCCGACCUCGACGAAUUGAAAUUGCAGCAAGUUUGGACCUCACUGAACGGCAGGUAAAGGUUUGGUUCCAAAACAGACGAAUGAAACACAAGCGCCAAACCUUAUCAAAAACUGACGAUGAAGACUCUGCUAAAGAUGAUUUAAAAGACUCUAAUUCGAAAAAAUCCUGCCAAGGCUGUGAACUGCCGUCAGAUGAUAUUCCUGAUUCUACUUCAAAUUCAAGAGGUCUAAACAAUUGCACUCCGAGUAAUGCUGCAACGCCAAAUUCGACUGUAGAAAUAGGUACUCCUACCGGAAAUAUCAUAAAUGCAGAUUCGAGUGUAGCAUCUUCUGGUAGUAUUGAUGAAGAUGAAGAAAUCCAUAUCAAAGUUAAAAGGAAAGCAGACAAUUCCACGACACCGAAAAAGGAUUCACACUUACCAAUAAGAUCAACAAGUCAAAUGAAGAAACAUGAUGUGCUGAGUAAAGAUCCAAGCAACUGUACUGCAUCAGGUCCAGCUGCAUCUAAUGUAAUAUCUUCAACUGAGUUAGUCACCAACGCUAAUAUACCGACUCAAUUCAACCAAGCUGGACCAAUUGGGACAUUUGCCAUAGCUAGGACCAAAUCACAAACGCAUUCAAAUUUUGAAAAUGCUUCGUCAGUCAGCAUGAACGGUUAUUAUAGUGGUAUACAUAAGCCGGAAUACUUUAACAAGGCUGAUUUUGGAUAUAAUCAGUACUCCAAAUCAGUACCUUCUAAUCAGUUUGUAACUCAAAAUGCAAUAGGUCAAAAACAUGAAUUAACUUCUUCUAUAAAUGUUAAAAACUUCUGCUCUAGAUUGCACUCUGACGGACCAAGAGGUCACCCGCAACACGAUGGGUUUACUCAUCAGAAUCCACACUAUUAUGCUGGAGAACUUGGUGGAGCACAGCCCAAUGCUUCAUUCAGUAGUGCCCAAUGUUAUCACAAUGAGUAUGAUUCAGUUCAAGCUGAACUGAACAGCAGCUAUAGCCAAUCGUAUUACUACGAAGGAGCAUCUUAUCACCACCAUCACCAUCACAAUGCGAUUGGGCCAGCAAAUUUGCAUCCACCAAUGGAGUACCAACCAAACUCCAGCUUUUCGAGUACAGAAAAUUCAGAAAGUUACAAUUUUCAUCAGUCAUAUUACGAUACACCUACUAUUAAUACAUCGUUUCCACAUGGUGCAAACAAUAACAAUACGACAAAUAUUAUAGAACUAAACCAUCAACAAUUGGGUCACGAUGUGUAUGCAACCCACAGCAGUAUGCCUGUAAAUUACGGACCAAACAAUGUAAAUCUGGUUGGUAACAAUUCCAACACGAACAUAACACAUAUGGAA